GGUUUAAAUAGUACAUGUUAUGUCGUGUUUUCCUAUCACGCUGUCCAAUUCCCUCUGUUCCCCUCCUUCAGCUCAUCAGUUUAGCUAUUCUUCGUGCGACGUCAUGGCCUCACACCAGCAGAAAGCGACCGGUCACGCCCAGGAGGCCGGUGGAAAGCUUGGCGCGAGCGCUGAGGAAGCUCGCAAGGCGACGCAGGCCAAGAUGGAGCAGGGCAGGGAGGGUCUCUCGGAAACCGGCCAGCAGAUGAAAGAUACCUCGGCACGCGCAGCCGAGGCGACGCGUGCGAAAUCCGCGCAAGCUGGUGAUGUGUCGGGGCAGAAGAUGGAGGAGGCUAAGCAGAGUGCGUCUGAAGGCCUUGGUCGUGCGCAGGAGAGCGCACAGAAAACUUGGGAUCAGACCAAGGAGAGCACUGCUGAGGCCACUGAGCAAGCGAAGCAGAUGGGACGCGACACAGCUCAGAGGACGCAGGAAGCAGCGCAGGGCACUGUUGAUAAGAGCAAGGAGAUGGCUAGCCGCGCUGCUGAGUCUACCCAGGAGACAGGGAAAAGUGCAGCUGAGCAGGCACGGGUGGCCGCUGAAGAGGCAGCUAAACAAACCAGGGAGACUGCUCAGGCUGCUCAGCAGUCGGUGGCAGAUACUGUGAAGGGGAUGGGAGAGCGCCUGACUGAAAUGGCUCAGUCUGCGAAGGAGGCCCUGGGCCUGCAGGGUGAGCAGGCACCACCAGCAGCGACUGAGGUCACCACUGAUGUCCCCUCGGUUAGGGGCAAGGAGCUGUGAACGGAUCAGGGUACUCAGUUUAUGAGGGGGCAUCAAUGGAUGUGUCUAGCUCCAUAGCGAUGUGGACCUAGGAUGUCCAUGGAUAUGUACUACAGGUUGGCAGCCACUAGCCGUGAGGCUGGUUCUGUUUGUACAUUUUCUUAUGCAAUCAUAUGAAUUCAAAUUUGUACUAA